UGCCUUAAAAGUUUGAACUUUGAAGCAUUAACAAAAAUUGUGGUAAACCUAACUGCCGCCAUAAACCUCUCUGAGUUACCCUUAAGCCUUACCAAUUUUUGUAACUUCAUUCUCAAAAGGCGCUGGCACGAAUCAGAGAGAGAGUAAAGUUUGAAUCUUUAACAAGAAUGGAAGGAGGAAGCUCAGUAAUCCCAGAAUCUGUGAUGGAUUCAGUGCAGACAACGCUAGCAAACGUUGAAGACGUGAGGACCCAUUUGCUCCAAUUCUUGUCUCUCUCUGACCCUGAUGUCCUCGCUGAAAUGCCCCCUCUUCAACGCGCUCAGGCUUUGUUCUCGCUUGCCAAAGCCACUGCUACUCUUUUCACUCUGAGGUUGAGAUGCAGUGGAGUGCAUCCAGACGACCAUCCUAUUAAAUCAGAGCUUGAGAGAUUGAGCUUGUAUGAAGACAAGUUACAGCGGUUCAUAGACUUAAGUAAAGCACCAUUGCGACCUUCAACUACCUUGAAUUCUCAGGCAGCAACCCGUUUCAUUGAGCAUUCUUUACCAGACCUGACCCCUGAGCAGAGACUUAGUAUGAGGCAAAUCAGUAGAGGAGAGGGCCCGAAAAUCAAAUAUUCAGAUAGUAGUGUUAAGAAGAGAAAAUACCAGUCAUCUGAAAAGCAAAGUGUUCAAGCUGCUGCUAAAGAAUUCCUUGAGAAGGCAGCCAGUGAGCUUUUUGGUGAUAAUAAAGGUGGUUUUAAGGGACCUCUGCAGGCUGAUACUUCAGAUGAUGACCUACCUCUGAGCUGAUCUUCCAGUUAAUCAUGGUUUCUGGGUCAGUUAUAUCAGCUACCAGCAGCAAGUGGAAUUUUGAUUGAUCAGUUCGCCUAUCUUAAUCUGUAUUAAUCGUUUCUGUCAAGCAUUCUUCUGAAUUUGAAUGUGUCUUUGUUUUUCAAUGGAGAAAAUCUUACAGAUUCUUCUGUA